ACGAGUGACGUGACGUGACGUGACAUCGAGGCGUCGAGAUGCUCCGGGAUGAGAUGGCCGCCUACGUUCGCGCGCUUCUGUCGCUGCUCCUCGUCCUCGCCGCCGCCACGCGGAGCCGGGCCAGGAUCACCAACCAGGAGAUAGUGACAUUGAUAGAUGCGGAGGCAGUGGCAGGUGGAAUUGCUCAGUUACCGUGCGACGUAGAUCCGCCGGUCCCCGGAGACAAGCUACAUCUAGUUAUUUGGUACAAGGAGGAGGCAGACGCGCCGAUAUACACUUUCGACACGAGAAGACAAAGCAACCUGGGACAAGGAAAACACUGGCAGGAUAGCAGCCUAGACAAACGUGCCUUCUUCAGAUACACCGAGCAGCCAGCGAAACUCACUGUCGAAAACGUCCGUGAGAGCGACGCCGCCGUUUACAGAUGCAGGGUCGAUUUCAAGCAGUCUCCAACCAGAAACAGCAAAGUCAAUCUCACAGUCAUCAUACCGCCGGAGCAGCUUAGCAUAUUGGACGAAGGCGGAAGGACUCAUAUUCCGUAUUACGUGCUGGGCCCGUACACCGAGGGCGCCUCCCUCAAUAUUACCUGCGUCGCUGCUGGUGGUCGGCCGCAGCCGCGGGUGACGUGGUGGAAGGAGAACGCGCUCCUGGACGAGAGCUACGAGACCGUUGGCACUAAGAGGGUUCGCAAUGUUCUGCGAUUGGAGAAACUGGGCCGCGAGCAUCUGAACGCGAUCCUCACCUGUCAGGCGUCCAACAACAACAUGGUGGCCCCGAUAUCCAGCUCUGUCAGCCUGAAUAUGAACCUGAAGCCAUUGUGGGUCCGCAUGCAAGGAGAGAACCGUCCAUUUAGCGCUGGCACCACGUACGAAAUAGGUUGCGAAGUUGUUGGGGCCAGACCGACGCCAAAAAUUAUCUGGUCGAAGGGGAGCACUACGCUGCGAAACGCACGGCAGACGAUGAGCCCCGACAACAACGUCACCACCAGUAUUCUCACCUUCGUGCCGAGUAUCGAGGACGCCGGGAAGUUCCUCUCCUGCCACGGCAGCGUGCCGGAUAUCCUGGAUUCCGAGUUGGAGGACGGAUGGAAGCUCGACAUACACCACCAGCCGGUGGUUACACUCGAGCUUGGCAGCAAUUUGAACCUGAGCGCAAUCCGCGAGGGCAUCGAUGUCUACUUCGAGUGCAACAUCAAGUCGAAUCCAUGGGUUUACAAAGUUUCCUGGCGGCACAACGGAAAUCCAUUGUAUCAUAAUCCAGCGACCGGCACAAUAAUCAGCAACCAAAGCCUGGUGCUACAAAGCGUGACUCGCGGCAGAGCUGGUAUCUACACUUGCAUUGGCAGCAAUCAGGAAGGCGACGGAGAGAGCAAUCCUCUAAAUCUGGACAUCAAAUUCAGCCCCGUGUGUCAUCAAGGUCAAGUAAAAGUAUUCGGCGUAGCCCGACAAGAGACCGCGCGAAUACCAUGCGAGCUCGUCGCGAAUCCACCGGAAGUAACGUUCACCUGGAGGUUUAAUAACACAAUGGAAGCGGUAGAUAUACCCCAAGCACAUGUUACAAGCGAGCGAACGCGUUCAACAGCGUCUUACACGCCGAUGACAGAAUUAGACUACGGAACUCUACUUUGCUGGGGCACGAACGAUCAGGGCACUCAACUGGAACCCUGCGUUUACCACAUUGUCCCGGCUGGUCACCCGGACACGCCACACAAUUGCUCUCUUCAGAACCAAACUACGGACUCGCUGUACGUGGAGUGCACCGAGGGGUUCGACGGUGGUCUGCCACAGAAUUUCACGAUCCAGGUAGACCGUGAGGCCGGCACCAGCAGCAGCGGCAACGCGCGGACCAGGCCGAACAGAACAGUGUACAACCAGACGAGCAAAGUUCCAUCGUUCUCGGUCGGGAACCUCGAGCCUGGCACCAGCUACGAGAUCUCCGUAUACGCGAGCAACAGCAAAGGUCGCAGUGAGACGGUCCGGUUCCGCGCCACCACCCUGAACCUCCCCGAAAGACGCACAGCAGGUGAAAGGCAUCCUCCGCCCCCGGAGAAUUGUACGAUCAGAGAAGAGAGUCGGACGACGGUGAGGGUGAGCUGCGCCGAGAGCGAGUUCUUCGACCCGCGCACUGCCACCUAUGUGCUGCAGGUCUUCGACGCGGACACCAGGCGUUUGCUGGCGUCCGCGACCAGCAUGACGCCUAGCAUGCUCGAGAUCACCGAUCUGCCCGCGGAGAGGAGUUACUCGGGCCUGGUACUGUCCCUGAGGAUCAUGACGGAGCACGCGAUGAGCGACGCCACCGUUCUUCACAGCCCGCACUUUGUUCAGGAGGGUAAGACACCGGAGCAUCAACGAUACCCAGCGCUAACUCCAGUGAUGCUGUCGUUGUCGGGGCCGCUGCUCGGCGCAGUGGUGGGCGCCACCGCCGGCCUUCUGCUGGUGAUCUUCGUGAUAGUGCUCGCGGUGAGAUUGCGCUAUCGACCAAGGCCGCAGGAGGACAAGGACUCUCACGACGACGGCGGCAUGGCGAACCUGGCCGCGUCCGGCACCGGCAGCUCCUCUCCACGUGAUAAAUCGUCGACCUUGCCUCUCAACUCCGACAGCAUCGAGAGCUUCGAGAAGGACCCCGAUAUAAUUCCUCACGCUAAUGAAAAUUCUUACGCGGAGUUGUGCAAGGGCACUUCGCCACGCUACGUUUUGCACCAGCCACGAACAGACGCCAGCACUUUCGCAAAUGUCAAUAACGGAUCAGAACUAACGUACGCCGAGCUGUCGCUCCGAGGCAACCGGCGAAUACCGCCUAAUUGUUAUCAGCCGGUACAGGUGUCCAAUAUUCAACGACCUCAACUGCUACCCAUGUCGACACUGACGCGCAGGCAGCCAAUCCAGGAACCGACGAUUUACGCGCAAGUCGCCAGUCAUUCCAAGCCGAUUUAUGUGCCACCCCCGCAUCCGUACAUGAGUCGCGCCAGCGACGAAACCACGGCAGAAACUCCAUUAAUCGGACACGACAAUAAGAUCAACACGAUCAGCCAGUCGGGCAGCUCGAUAUGGCGCACCGACACGCCGCCGUCUUCAAAUACGCCGACAACAUGAUUCUAAGGAAUCUCGAUCUCGAUCGACGCAACAUUUCGCUCUUAAACAUUUCUCGGCGCACCGGUUACUAAGAAAUUAAAUAAGCUCCUGAACGAAGAGAUGGGAACUAACGAUAAAAUAAAACAAAAAAGAAGAAAGGAAAAAUAUAGAAACACGCGAACAACGCUCCUCGUGUCUUGUACGCGGGGAACGUCGCAUGGUAUCGUUGAACUUGUACGUGUGAAUGUUACGGAGGAGGGUUCAUGGAGACGGCGAACGAUGAAAGUAAUUUAAAAAAUUAAAAAAAAUUCAAAGAAAAGAAAGACGAGAAAAACAGAUGAAGGUGUUUUCGCGCGAAGUAUAGUACGAAUAUAUAAUAUAUGCUUUCCGAAUGAUUCGUGAUAGAGUUUGUUAUCGUUACGAAGGUGGAAAUGAAAGAGGUAGACAAAAUCGGUUAAAAUCGAUUAAAUCUCGUCGAGAGGAUCACGAUUUCCGGUAGAAUAUUUCUGUUCUCGCAGGUGAAACGACCGAUGGCGUAGCGAUCGGCGGGUUAAUGGCUCUAAAACUAUGAAACGAACAACGUUGAAUUAUAGCGGGCCCUAUUCAGCCGUCCGUAAAGAAAGAAGGGUAACAAAGGAAAGAAAAUACACGAGAGGUCUCGAGGGACUGUUGUAGAGUUUCUUUUUUUGCUAUGAUCAUUGGCCUGAUCGGUGACGAGUGGAAAAUGAUCCUUGAUUUCACAUUUCGAUUUACUUUCGAUUUAUUUUAUAUCGAUUAUACUUUUCGUAUUUGAUUAACCGAGAAGCUUCCAAUAUUCCUAAAUAGAUUGCGGAUGUUUACGCGAAUAUCCAAUUUCAGAGACUGAUUAACAGAAAUUGGAAUUAAAUAGAAAUUCCUUUUCGUUGAAAGUUCUGUUAAGUUUAAGGAAAAUAAAAAUUUAAAUAAAUUUUAUGAAUCUGUUUGAGAUGUUGAAAUUUCAAUAUUCGUGUGUGUAUGCUGUAAAUGCAUCGAAUCCGCAGUUUAAUUGUGGUUACGGAACUCCUCGUUUUACUUCGAAAUUUACCGUCCAUUUAUUAUUCAAAAACUUCUGUUGAAAUAUUCGUUCUGCUGUUCUCUGAUCAUAUAUUUUUAACUCCAUUAGUAAGAAAUGUCAUUUUUAUUCAUGACAUAAAUUUUUGGAUCUUCUUGAACAAACUGUAUCGAUUGUAUUCAAAUGCUUUGUUCGCGGCACAGAAUUCUUUAUUUGAACGAUAAGCAUUUCUCGUUAAAAUGGAAUCCGAAUCUGAAUGUAUGACGAAAGAAAUUCACAUUUCGCACGAAAAAACAGUCCGAACGACGAAUCCGCAAUUCUUUCGUUCAGUAUUACUCUCUUUCCGCGGAGUCUAAUUACAGUACGGUGGACGACGAUAGUUCUAACGAUGGUGAUCGACGAUAAGUAUAUAUUGUAUUGUAUAUUAUGUAUGUGUCGAAUGGUGGACACGCGUCUCGUGUUGUUUCUCUGCAGCUGAAUUAUUUAUUGUUGGACGUAGGCGACGCGAAAUUUCCGUGUACAGUACGGGUCUAGAUAAAUGCGGUGUUAUUAUAACAAUGUUACGUAACCGUGGAUAGAGUUU